AUGAAGUUCUCAACGACCAUCUUCACGGCACUGGCCCCUUUGGCCAUGGCCCGACGAGUCGCCAAUGUCUUCCCCCCACCAGCUGGAAUCGUCGGUCGAAAUGCCGAGACUGAACCCAGCGAGAGUGGCGUCGAAGUCCUCCAGGGCAAGCAGGGAGAAGGUAUCACUGCCAACUCCCGCGCCGAGGUGAUUGUCAUCUGGCUCAACCCGGGUAACGGCGCUUCCAAGACCACCAUCAAUGAGCAAGUCACUGUCACCAGGACGGUUACCGCUGGCGCUGGCGGCGAAGCAACCAAAGCUCCUGGAGGGAAUGGCACCGGUUCUGCCCCCGGCGCGGCAGCCACCCACACCGUCAAGGUUGGCGGCGAGGGCCUGACUUACAAGCCGGACCAGCUGCACAACGUGCCUAUUGGUGAUGUGGUUCUUUUCGAUUUCAUGGCCCAGAACCACACGGUCACUCAGUCGACUUUCGAUGCCCCUUGCAAGGCCAUGGCUGGUGGUAUGGACUCUGGCUUCCUUGCCAACCCUAACAAUACCGUUUCACCACCACCUCAGGUUGCUAUGCAGGUCAUGACAGACAAGCCUAUUUGGCUUUACUGCGCACAAAAGGGCCACUGUGGCAAGGGCAUGGUCCUCUCCAUCAACCCUUCUACCGAAAAGACGCACGCCAUGUUCCAAGGGAUGGCCAUUGCUCAGAACGGCACUGGCUCGGCUAGUCCCAUCACCGGCGGACAGCCGGGCGGCACUUCUCCUCCCUCUGCUCCCGGCGGUGUUGGCGGCAACUCCACCGGCGGCGCUGGCGGCUCUGGCGCUACUCCUGGCAAGGGGACUGUCGGUCCUGAUGGAUCUUGCCAGUGUGUUGUUUCUUGCAGCAAUGAUGCAUUCCCUGCUGCUGCUCAAGGCGUCGGCGCAUUUGGCGGAAUGAGUGGCUCUCUUUCCGUCGAGAUGGGCUCCGUCAAAUGA